GCGUGGAGAGGAGCAGCUGUGUUCCGAGUGAAUACUGCGCUGUACUGCUCGCGCAUCGUUGGAUGUCGGCGGCAAGGAGGGCGAGCGAGCGAUCUGCGGCGGUGAGAUAAGAUCAAGCGGCCGGCGGCCGGCGCGCCGCGGCGGCGGGCGAAAUUCGCGAAGGACGGCGUCGGGCUGGGACGGCGCGGACGUCCCGCACCACCACCACCCCCGCGCCCCUCGCUACACUAUUCUAGCAUGUCGGCACCCGAAGACUUCACCAAGCGCAAGCUGUGGGGCGGCCGCUUCACCGGCACCACCGACCCGAUCAUGCACGCCUACAACGAGUCGCUCUCCUACGACAAGCGCAUGUGGGCGCAGGACAUUCGCGGCUCGCAGGCCUACGCCCGCGCGCUUGUCGGCUGCGGCAUCCUCACCGAGCAGGAGCGCGACGAGAUCGUCGCCGGCCUCGAGGCCGUGGGCAAGGAGUGGGCCAGCGGCUCCUUCCGCGCCGAGCCCGACGACGAGGACAUCCACACGGCCAACGAGCGCCGCCUCAAGGAGCUCAUCGGCGCCGUCGCUGGCAAGCUGCACACGGGCCGCAGCCGCAACGACCAGGUGGCGACGGACAUGCGCCUCUGGCUCAUCGACGAGGCGCACACGCUCGAGACGCUCCUCACCGAGCUCAUCGCCGUGAUGGUGAAGCGGGCGCGCGCCGAGGUCGGCGCCCUGAUGCCCGGCUACACGCACCUGCAGCGCGCCCAGCCCAUCCGCUGGUCGCACCUGCUGCUCUCGCACGCCUCGUACCUCAGCGCCGACCUGGCGCGCCUGCGUGCGCUGCACCCGCGCAUCUCCGUGCUGCCGCUCGGCUCGGGCCCGCUGGCAGGCAACCCCUUCUCGCCCGACCGCGUCGCCCUCGCGCGCGACCUGGGCUUCCAGAGCGUCGGCCCGAACAGCAUGUACAACGUCAGCGACCGCGACUUUGUCGCCGAGACGCUCAUGUGGGCCUCGCUCACCGCCGUGCACCUGAGCAAGAUCGCCGAGGACUUCAUCAUCUACUCGACGGCCGAGUUUGGCUUCCUCACGCUGAGCGAUGCGUACAGCACUGGCUCGUCGAUCAUGCCGCAGAAGAAGAACCCCGACAGCCUGGAGCUGCUGCGCGGCAAGUCGGGCCGCAUCUUUGGCCAGAUGGCAGGCUUCAUGAUGACGCUCAAGGGCAUUCCGUCGACGUACAACAAGGAUCUGCAGGAGGACAAGGAGCCGCUCUUUGACGCGGUCGACACGAUCGGCCGCAGUCUGCAGAUUGCGACGGGCGUGAUCAGCACCAUGACGAUCAACGAGGAGAAGAUGCGGGCCGCUCUCACGCCCGACAUGCUUGCCACGGACCUGGCCGAGUACCUCGUGCGCAAGGGCAUCCCCUUCCGCGAGACGCACCACAUCUCCGGCUCGGCCGUCCGCCUUUCCGAGGAGAAGGGCGUGCCGCUGUCGAAGCUCUCGCUCGAGGAGCUCAAGAGCCUCAGCCCCGCAUUCGAGCAGGACGCGGAGCGCGUCUGGAUCUUCGAGGAGAGCGUGGAGCGCCGCGACGCCAUCGGCGGCACGAGCAAGCGCGCCGUGCUGGAGCAGUGCGACACGCUCGAGAAGGCGCUGAGCUCAUGA